GAUCGAAGUAUAUAUAAUCAGUCCUCGACGCUAAAGCAACCCGACAGUUUGAGACAGGACAUUUUUUGCAGCGUAGGCAGCCUCCACAUCACCCAGUUGGGUAGAAGAGUGCGGAGCAGCAUGAGAUCAGGCUCACAGUACCUGACAGAUCUCUCCUAAGCAAUGAGAGUUGAAGCGCCGGGACCGGAGCUCCUGCUGGACGGAGGACUAACUGGGCCGAUUUCUGGUGUUUAAUGGGAGCGAUGGGGAAAACGGUGGGAAUGAAGAAUCCUGCUGCGUUUUACUGCAAAACCCGGCAACUUUCCAUCCUGCUCUGCUUCUUCUCCUCUUUCACCCACUGUGUGUGUGUUUGAAGCGCAACAGCAUGCAGGUCUCCCCGAGCGAGGACAAGAUCCCGGUUGGAGGAGCACCUUCAAGCCCCCAAGCUAGUGGUGACGGCCUAUACUUCUGUGAUGGCCAGCGGAAAGUGGACUAUGUUCUGGUUUUUCAUCACCGCCGGCAUGGGUCCCUACGAUCUCCCGCCAUGGUUUCACAGGACCAGCUAUCCAUCGUCUCAAACGGCAAUUUUCCUCCCCCUGCGGGCUCAGACGCAGCAGCCGGACGAGGAGGCGGCAUUCGGAGGGAGGAGGCGGCAAGCGUCGGGGAGGUGUUUAUGGAGCUCGGAAUCGCAAGAGGGAGUGAGCCGACAGAGGCUGCCGAACACGAGAUGCACCUGAUCAGACAAGAGUUUGAAGCCAACCUGCUAGAGGCCGGUUUGGAAGUAGAGAGAGACAGAGAGACAAAGAUCCAUGGACCCAGCUUUACUCGGAUCCACGCACCUUGGCCUGUUUUGUGUAGAGAGGCUGAGUUUCUCAAGAUCAAAGUCCCCACCAAGCAGAGUUAUGAACUCAAAGAAGAAAGUGGUUUUGGAUCCAGGAUGAGCACAGUGUGGAGGAAACUGAAGCUGCCCUUUCAACCCAAUGUACCUCAUCAGGACCAAGGAAGUACCAAAUUCCUGUCACACUGCUUCUCCAGGGACAAACUUCACAUGUACAACAUAACAUCUAAGGACACAUUCUUUGACAACACUACAAGAGGCAGAAUAGUCUAUGAGAUCCUGAGACGAACGGUGUGUGUACGGACUUGUCAAACCAUAGGCAUCAGCACAUUGAUAGCCAAAGGCGUAUACGACGCCGCCUUCCCUCUUCAUGAUGGUGACUAUAAGGUGACUGGACACCUCGAGGAGCGAAAUGACAGACAGGUUCUUUUCGAAGAGUGGGCAAGAUACUCAGCCUUCUACAAGUACCAGCCCAUUGAUUUGGUCAGGAAGUACUUUGGAGAGAAGAUCGGCCUGUAUUUUGCUUGGCUCGGUGUUUAUACUCAGCUGCUCAUACCAGCUUCGAUAGUGGGAAUCAUUGUGUUUGGAUACGGGGUGGCGACGGUGGAUACCAAUAUACCCAGUUUGGAGAUGUGUGAUGAGCAUCUGAAUUUCACCAUGUGUCCUCUGUGUGAUGGGGCCUGUGACUACUGGCAUCUCAGCACCGCAUGCGGCACCGCCAGGGCUUCGCACCUCUUCGAUAACCCCGCCACAGUCUUCUUUGCCAUCUUCAUGUCUCUGUGGGCGGUGUUAUUCCUGGAGCAGUGGAAACGUCGACAGAUUAGCCUGAGUUUCAGCUGGGAUCUGACAGGGAUCGAGGAGGACGAGGAACAACCCCGACCAAAGUAUGAGACCAUCCUUCUGCAGAAACAACAAAGGACACAGAAAAAGAAGAAGAAGAAGAAGAAAAAAAAUGAGCCAGAGAAGCAGGAGGACGGGACAGUGACAGGGAAGGACAGAUGGAGACAAAAACUGCUGUCUGCCAUGGCUGCAGGAGUACCGACGGUCUUUGAGAAGUUGACUUGGAAAGACCGUCUUACUGGAUACUUCAUGAAUAUUUCCUCUAUUCUUUUUAUGCUUGGACUGACGUUUUCAGCUGUUUUUGGUGUAAUCAUCUACCGCAUCACGAUCUCUGCCUUGAUGGCGAUGAGCCCGGACCCUGAAAUAAAGUCCAAUGUUCGGGUGACUGUAACAGCUACUGCUGUCAUAAUCAACCUUGUGGUCAUCCUGAUCCUGGAUGAAAUUUAUGGUGCUGUGGCCCUGUGGCUAACGGAGCUAGAGAUUCCUAAAACGGAAAGCAACUUUGAAGAGCGCCUUAUCCUUAAGGCGUUUUUACUGAAGUUCAUGAACGCAUACGCCCCGAUAUUUUAUGUGGCUUUCUUCAAAGGACGGUUUGCAGGUCGACCUGGAAGUUAUGUGUACGUCUUUAAUGAUUAUCGCAUGGAGGAGUGUGCUCCAGGAGGCUGCCUCAUCGAGUUGUGCAUUCAGCUCAGCAUCAUCAUGCUGGGCAAGCAGUUGAUCCAGAACAACAUCUUCGAGAUUGGCAUCCCGAAGCUGAAGAAGUUGAUUCGUGCACUAAAGGAAAAAGAACCAUCACAGAAGGUGAAGGACGAAGAGAGGCGUCCCCAGCAGUGGAACCUGGACUAUGCUUUGGUUCCGUUUGAAGGUCUCACACCCGAAUACAUGGAAAUGAUAAUCCAGUUUGGUUUUGUUUCUCUCUUCGUGGCUUCUUUCCCACUGGCCCCUCUCUUCGCCCUGUUGAAUAAUGUCAUUGAGAUCAGGCUGGAUGCCAGGAAGUUUGUGACAGAGCUACGCCGGCCAGUUGCUGCACGUGCUAAAGACAUCGGUAUAUGGUACAACAUAUUGAGUGGAAUGGGCAAACUGUCAGUCAUAAUAAAUGCCUUUGUGAUCUCCUUCACGUCAGACCUCAUCCCUCGGCUCGUCUACCAGUAUAUGUACAGCCCGACGGGCACCAUGAACGGAUUCAUUGACCACACACUCUCCUUUUUUAAUGUGUCCAAUUUUAAAACUGGGACAGCGCCGCAUAACUCAGAUCAUGGGGACGUCACUGUCUGCCGGUACAAGGACUACAGGGAACCCCCCUGGUCUCCAGAUGCAUACCAGUUCUCCAAACAGUACUGGUGUGUCCUGUCUGCAAGACUGGCCUUUGUCAUUUUGUUUCAGAACUUGGUGAUGUUCCUCAGCCUCAUGGUUGCCUGGAUCAUCCCAGACGUUCCCAAAACCAUAGUGCAGCAGCUCAAGCGGGAAAAAAAGCUCCUGGUCAAUUUGUUCUUGCAGGAGGAGAAGGAGAAACUUCAGCUCAUCCAGAGCCUCUUCGUCAAGGAUGCAACCCUUCAACCCAAAAGCCAAUCACCCACCCCAGGCCAGGCCUUCCCUAUUCUGGGCAGAUACAGUACUCUACCCUCAGGCCCCGUGGCUGGAGACGGAGGAGGGCCGAGGGUGAGAUGCAGGGCUGCCAGCUUCAGUCAGUUCACCGAGAAAAUUUCCUCAUUGCCCAGGAAAGAAAACGCAAACUCGAAACACACAGCAGUGUGACAUGGAAUGUGCUGAUCAGUGGGAAUAAGCUUAAACAUGGCCUCAGGCCUGUAACUCAAGGGACUCGGCCCUUUUCCUGUGUGUUACCUGUAUUGUUUGUGUCCUGGUGUGUGUGACACAGUAGUGCAGUGGUUAAGCCGUCACAGGUCUCCUGCAGAAGUAUAAACUUGUCCUCGCUGGCCUCAAUGUGUGGAUCUUUAAUGUUCAGCUCUGAAUGAAUGGCUGUGUGAGUGUGCUGUUCCUGCUCGCACGACUGUUCACCUGACAAAGUGUUGUCAUUUUUUCUUUUUUUCUUUUUUUGGACGAACUAUUUAGUGAGGCAUAUGAGCUUCAUAGCGUAGAGAAGCAAUAAUUACCAUAUUAGGUUGAAUAAGUGAUCAUUACAGGAACUUGGAAAAACUACAAACCAACGGACUGGUUAAAAAGGAAAUACUAAACCAUCAUGAGCAGACUGGCUUAAAAUUAGUUCUCUCUGAUUUGUAAUUUUCCUACUUGAUGUAUUUUUGUUUACAGAUUUUGUAGCUCUCACAACAUUCCACAUAUUCUGGACUGUUUUUCUCUUUAUGAAUUAGAAAUAACUUUAAACAGUUUACUUUAACCGAUUGUGACUGAUGAUAAAGCUGCUGGUUGUUUCUUUACUCUUCUUUCAUGCUGUAGUAUUAGAAUUCUAUGAUCUGUGAAGCUAAAAUUGAAAAUCUCUUAUGAGCCAUACAGAACGUUUACUGUACUCACCAUGAGGUUAAGGCAUGUCAAUGACCACCUGUGAAUGGGACAAAACUGAACUACACUCACUGUGUUUAUGAUAAAUUAAAGACAAACUACAUAGACAUUCCUUAAUUAUGACAUAAUGGAGUUCUCUGAUGGAUCUGGCUUUGUACUAAAUACCUUUAUCUUGCAUAGAGGAACAUAGCUCAUGAGUUUUUUCACACUUUUUCACAUUACAUCCACAUGUUUCAUGUUUUGAAGGGUUUAAUGUGAUAGACCAACACAAAGAAGUGAAAAAAUGAUGCAUUGUUGUCUUAUAGGAUUGUACUCUGGUGUGGUUGGUACCACUGUAACCUUGCAGCCAGAAGCUUUUGGGUUCGAAUCCUUGCCUGGGGUCUGUCUGCAUGGAGUUUGUAUGUUCUCCCGAUGCAUGUGUGGCUUCUCUCUGGGUGCACUGGCUCUCUCCAACAGUCCAAAAAACAUACCUGUUAAGUUAAUUUGUGCCUCUAAAUUGCCCUUAGGUAUGAGUGUAUGGGUUAUUGGUUCUCUGUCCUAUAUGUUUCUGUGUUGCGCUGAGAUGGACUGGUGACCUGGGAGGUACCCAAGACAGGGUACCUCAGCUAAAAAUAGGCAACAGCCGCCUUGCGACCCUGUAAAGACGAGACAUUGGAUGAAUGUUGUCCCCCAGAAAAGUGUAACCUGCAUUUGUAUUGAGCCCGUCUGAGACGUUAAUCUGUAGAACCAUCUAUCUGCAACUCUUUUAAGGUAUGUCUCUACCAGCUUUGGACAUCUUGAGACUGAAAUGUUUGCCCAUUCUUUGAUUUAAACUUUUCAUUUACACAGAUUAAAUUACUCUAUUGACUACUUAGGUAAAUGCUGGAUGCAAUUGGUCUCAUUGAAUUAUAUUUCAUGGUAUCACACUACAGGGGCCUGAAUAUAAAUGCCUCCCACCCUUUUCAAUGUUAUAUUACUUAAACAUUUUGAAAACCAUGCAUAGUUGUUAUUUAGUAAUUAUUUCACAAAUUUGCGCUACUUUGUUGGUCUGUCAGAUAAAACCCCUUUGACACACACACAGAAGGCUGUGGUUGUAAUGUGACAAACUAUAGAAAAGUUGAAGGCGUUUCAAUACUUUAGCAAGGCAGUGUACAUCUGAUUACUAAAAUAUCAGCUUUCUAGCAAGCAAAGAAACUGUGUAGUUAAAUUAUUACUUUAGUGCUGUUAAAAACCACAUGACACUUAAUAUAGUUUUUGUAUUUUAAAGUUGAAAUUAGAUUUUAAUUGUAGUUAUGCUAUUAGCACUAAUAAGUUAUCGCUAAUGAUACUGCAGCUUUUCAGAACAACAGCAAAGCUUAGCGUCUAGGUAAUUUGCUCUGGCAUUUUUGAGCAAAUGUUCUUUUUGCUGCAACAAGCUGCGACAAAGAAAAAAAAAAUCUAAAUUUUCUUAAUAAUUUCACAUAGAUUGGAAGUUUUGUAAAGUCUGUAAAACACUCUACUGUAAUAUUUAAGAGAACCUACUGUGCUGUUUGUCCAUGGAAUAAUAUUAAGGCUUGUCCAAUGUCAUGCUGAAGUAGGCUUGUAUUACCACUUGUUGAAUAGCUCUACAAUCAGUAUUCAAGGCUUAUUUAUUACAAGGUUAAACUAUACAUUACUUUAUCUACCUAAGAGGAAAAUUAUUUUAAAAAUAUGCUCAUUGACAAAAAUCCUUGAGCUCCCAGGUGAAGUUGUGGAGAUGCAAUGAAAUGGCACCUGUCGUCGAUCAUGUGGCUGUAUUUCAAUAACUACGAUAUGAGACCAAAUGGAUGAGAGAGUUUGCACUAUGGGUACACCAAUGUUAUUUUGUUCAUAGGGUUUGGCACCCUUUUUGGACCUGAUGCAGCUCAUACAUUUGAGGCGGCACAAGUCAUACAAUUACUUGGUCAUUUGCUGUGCGAAGUAUACUAAACGUUUUUAAAACGGGCUCUCAGGUUUUGGCAAACUGACAUUGGAUCCGAGUUGACAUCUGAGGUUGUACCCCCAUGUUGCUGGAAAAAACCUCAACAUGACACAGGUGUGUAUUAAGGCAUGUCGUUGAAAGACCUUGCCAGAGUGCUGUCCUAGGAGGGUUAAGAAAUUAAGUUUCCAAUACCAGUACCAGAGGUGCCCAAUGUAUUACCCUGUGGCUCCCCACACCAUAAUCCCAAAUGUAACAUUAGUGGGUCUCCCACCAACAUUGCCCAGAUUGAUCCUCUUUUCUCAUAAUGUUUGAAAGGAGAAAUUCAAAGUACAAUGGAUGGAUGCGGAUAAGACACACCACUAAAGUGGAGAAUGCAAGGUCUGGCUCAUGCCAGUUGCUAAAUACAACACGUGAUGACAUGGCACAUCGGUAAAAGUCCAACACUUGCGUCUGGACGGCAGGUGCAAGUACCAUGGGAAUUCUGCCCUGCUGGGAGACAAUACAGUGAUCUUUCCAAGGUGUGGUAUCUCUUGGUUAACCAGAACUUUCAUAAUGUCUCUGGCUGCCCUUACAUACCCACUGUCUCCAGGAAUAGGCCACUGUGACAUCUGUAUACCCAUAUGCUGGAGAACCCAAAAUGUAAGCUCUAUCUCUUAAUGGCAAUGCUGUCUAAUGCAAUCUGCAAGACACAUUCUCUCUGGCAAGCCUCACUUCCAGCUUGUAAUUGUUUGAAAAAAUUAUUGCUCCACUUGUGAUGCCAAAACUAAUACAUCUUGAACAUUGUACAAAAUUCUGUUCAACUCAGACUAGUCCUUCCAGGUGCUCAAGAUUUUUGUCAGUGAAUGUUGAGAUAUUUCCAAUCCAUGCAUCAUACCAGAAUGCAAGUGUAAGGUCAUUCAUUUCAGUGGUUCAAAGCACAUGCAAGUAUAAUACAAGACUCACUCUUGUUGUACGGACCUGAAUUAUAAGGUCAUUUCCAAUCUAUGGCAAGGACAGAUCCUGGGAAAGUCAUCUUAGAAAAACACAGAAACAACAAAAAAUGUUAACCAGCAGAUUAAUAUGAUAAAAUAUGAUCACCAUUAAACCUAACCUGCAUGUUUUUGGUCUGUAAGAAAAAAAAGUUAGAUAGGGUGUCUAAAAGGUCAUAAAAAGUCAUACAAACUUUUAGAAGUACCUUAAUUUCAGAUCUUAAAGAUUUUAAAUAUGCCCAAAUGUUUGAUAAUAGAUUUUAAGAUUAAACUGUCCCUUACAUUUACAGGUUGAUUUUUGUAGCUUUGUCUGGAGAAUUUGGGUGUUAUGCUCUGACAACACUACAAAACCUAAAGAAAAAGGAAAAAAAUUAAUCCCAACACAGUCAGCCUUCCAUUCAACUUAAGUUGACAAAGAUGAGGUAAUUAUUUAACAUGCUUAAGCUACUAGUGAAUAGCUCUGUUUUAAUAAUCCAUAUUACAUUUAAAUCAGACUGGUCUUUCAAAAUCUACAAUAUUAUGAAACCCUGUAGAAGAACCAGGGAGAAAACCCAUGCAUGAACAUGGAGAGCUAGAAACUCUGCCAUUGAGUUUGCAGUUCUCUCAUUUGCUACAAUCUUCAGCAGUAAAAUCCAAGUAUGGCAUCACUACAAUGGGACUCUCCACCAUGACAUGAACAAUAGCUAGUUUAGUUACUUUUGAAAGUGGCAGCUAAUCACCGUAGCCUGCUUGUAUUAGCUCUUACUCCUCAAUCUAUUUGGUGGUCUUAUGUCAGAAUCAUUGGUGCUGUGUUAACCUUGCAUAUUACAAAACAAGGACUGAGUUCUCUUUCAUGGGACCCAGUUCCAUUUAGUUUAUGGUUUAUAACUCACAAAGGUGACUCCAGCAUUUAUUUGUAAAAACAUUAUUCACCAACUAACAUCUGGACAUCUCAGAUUGCAGACGGGACCAACCAAAAACAAAACCUUGAUUAUCUUGUUCCAUUGGAGUUCAAAAUAAAGCUGAAGGCAAUGAAUGGGGGGGACACAUUUUUACCCCCAAAGUAUACCAGCUGAAAAUGUCCCCAACAGUGUUUAGAAGGGGGGUAAGGGCAAUAAAGGAUUGAAAAUGUAGUCAGAGUAUACUGUGGGGGAUGUAAUGAAUGGGGUCCAUCCUUAAUUCCACUUUGUCUUUCUUCUGAAAAUGCCGAAAUGCUGUAAACCUUCAAUUAUGUUUCUCGCGCCUUGCUAAAUGUUCUUUAUUUCCAACUGAAGACAAGAUGUGUCUGCUCAGACAGGACUCAGUCACAGACUGUUAUCUUUAUAGGUACUGUGUUAAGUCUUACUUUAGGAAGUUGUGAUAAAAGGUAUAUUUGUUAUA